UGAUCCAUGCGAUUAUCCAGUCGUCUGCUCAACGUCAACUGUCACUCACUACGUUUGAUAGAAGAGUGACAGUUAGGCAGUUAGGGGGGCAGAAAGAAUACAUAAAGGAUAACUUGUAUUUAUUUAUUAUUGUUCUUUGUGUAGUGGAUCUACCAACCGUUACAACAGAAAUUGGUUCUUUCGAUUCAGGUGUCAUUAUUAUCAGCAAAUGGGCUAACUUAUAGCUAGGCUAUGGCUUAAUGAGGUUUCUAGAAUAACUAAGUAAACCUUUAAUGUCCUGUUUGACUGGCAGGAUUACGAGAAAUAAAACGUUCCUUUUUAUUAACUGUAUUUAUUACAUUUAGAGAUUCCCUGUCAUUAAAGCAAGUGAGCCAAAGGUACAACCCCGUCGUGUCUCGGCUACUUAGCUUAAUCUUCUGGUGCAAUGUGUUAACGUUUCAUCAGUCGCAUGCAUGAGGCGAGAAUCCAUCAGGUAGUAGUAGUAGCGGAGGAAAUGUUAUUUCAAGCAGAAUGCAUAUCGGCGUCGGCAGUAUCGACAACCAGAGCAAUCUCAGAGAUGCCUCAAUGCCUCGCAAAUCGGAAUCUGCGUACUCUACUUUCCGACGUUUUCUUUCAUAUAUCGGUAUCGGAUUGGUCAUGGUGGUAUUGUUUCAGUUCGCCAGUGGGGACCUCAGCGUGACGGCAUUUGUCCUGAACGUUUUUGUUUACGUGUCAUUUGUUUUGCUUUGUUUUCUCUUCGGAUGCAUUGGGUUCGUCUUACAGGAGAGUCCCGUAAAGUCCACAAACUUCGACACCUCAAAAAACUCACCGUACCUGUUGGACUUCUUAAACAAAAUUAUGCAGAAUGGGCUCUCUUUGCCGCUGUCUGAAUCCUCACAGAUGAGACGAGUAGUGGUGUCACACAAUGUGGACAAGGUACUCAAGGAAGUGUUUGACUAUAGCUACAGGGACUACGUGCAGUCGUGGUAUGGCCAGUUGAGCCGUGAUGAGGGCCAGCUGCACCAGAUGCUGUCGGAGGACUUCUGGGAGGUGAUCAAGCAACUGAGGGGACACCUGGCAGACAUAGAUGUGGUGGACCUGGUGUGCAACAACACGGUCAAGAGCGUCCAUGCCCACUUCUGUGACCUCAAAACGGCCAACACAAGGCAGGAGGAGUUGCCUAAGCCCUUUGCUCUGCACCCGUGUUUGCGCAGCCCUCAGGAGGAGCUGCGCUACCUGCGCUGCUGCGCCCGUCUGCUGCUGCUCAGCCUCCUGCCCGCGCGCCACACCCGCUCUCCCACGCUGCGCCUGGUGCUGUCCGAGGUCAUCGCCACCAAAGUGCUAUGGCCUCUGGUGGAGGUGUUCAGUGACCCGGACUACAUCAACCGGAUGCUGCUGUCUCAGCUGGAGCAGCGGGAGCAGCUGAUGGAGAGGCACAGGAAGGCCUACAGCUACGCGCCCUCCUAUGAGGAGUUCAUCAAGCUCAUCAGCGGCAGCUCUGACGUGGACUUCCUGCAGCAGCUCAGGUACCAGAUAGUGGUGGAGAUCAUCCAGGCCACCACACUAAGCAGUCUACCCCAGAUGAAGAAGCUCAAAGAAAGCAAAGGGAAGGAUAAGGCCAUGAAAACGGACUUGCUGCGGGCGCGGAACAUGAAGCGCUACAUCAACCAGCUGACCGUGGCCAAGAAGCAGUGUGAGAAAAGGAUCUGGCUCCUGGGGGGCCCCAACUACGAGCAGCAGGAGGACGGGGCCAAUGAAGGGGCCGAGGGGGCGCAGACUCCCAGGAUCCUGCAGUUUGAGGAAAUCAUGUCCAACCCAGCAUACCGGGAGUACUUCCGGGUAUACAUGGCACGGGUGGAUAAGGGAGCCUUCAUUAACUUCUGGGAGCUUGUGGAGACCCUGAAGACGGCCAAUAAGAACGAGGUUCCUUACCUGGUGGGGGAGAUCUACCAGAACUUCUUUGUGGAGAGCCAUGAGAUCCCAGUGGAGCGGGCGCUGCUGAGGGAGAUCCAGCAGACGCUGGUGGGGGACAAGGGCACGGAGGUGUUGGUGCACCUGCAGGCGGAGGUCUACGAGGGCAUGAGGGAGCGCUACUACCCCUCCUUCCUGGUGAGCGACCUCUACGAGCGCCUCAUCCACCGGCAGGAGCAGCACAGCAGCGGCACACCCGUGCCCCGGCCCGACAACAAGGAGGACAUGUGCCAACCCAUGACGGGUAGUAACACGUCUUUGGAUGAGUGCAGUGUGGGCAUAAAUGAGCAGGCCAGCCACGCUGGCAUGCGACUACGCCGACUCACUGACCGGAUGGAGUACAAGCGCCAGGCCUUGGGCUCAAUCCAGAACUCACCCAAACCCGACAAAAAGAUUGCGUGUAAGCUGGUGGAUGAGAUCAGCACUAUGGAGAAGGAGCAUUCUGACCUCCAGCUACACAUCUCGCGCACUGACUGGUGGUGCACCAACCUGGGCAUGUGGAGAGCCUUGGUCACUGGCGGAGAGGCUGUGGAGGAGAACGGGGAGCAGACAGCUUGUUUCUACAUAUGUGUGAGUUUGCCAGAUUCAGACGACUUCAUACACAGCCGCUGGGCUGUGUCACGCAAGCUCAACGAGUUUCAGGCACUACACAGGAAACUUCUCGAGUGUUUCCCCUCGCUGAAGAAGGUGCAGCUUCCCUCUGUUAGUAAGCUCCCAUUUAAGUCCAUAGACCAGAAGUUCCUGGAGAAAUCUAAAAACCAGCUCAACAACUUCCUGCAGACAAUGCUGUCAGAUGAGUGUCUGUGUCAGAGUGAGGCCCUGUAUGCAUUCCUGAGCCCGUCCCCUGAGCACCUGAAGAUGAUGGACCCCCAGAAGAAGUCCAACUUCACCUUUGCCUCAUUACUCGAAAGACUGCCUGGAGACUUCUUCUCACACCAGGAGGACGAUGGCGAUGAUGACAGUGACCUGUCUGACUACGGGGAGGAGACGGAGGGGAGGAGGGAUGCGCUAGCUGAGCCCUCCUUCAUGCUGAUUGGAGAGAUCUUUGAGCUCAGGGGCAUGUUUAAGUGGGUGCGGAAGACUCUGAUCUCGCUGGUCCAGGUCACAUUCGGACGCACCAUAAACAAGCAGAUCCGAGACAUGGUGAGCUGGAUUUUUGGGGAGCAGAUGAUCGUUUACUACAUUAGCAUAUUUCGGGACACCUUUUGGCCUGACGGAACACGUGCUGUCCUUAGCAACGUGAGGACAGAGGCGGAGAGACAGGAGACCAGGGACCAAGCUCAGAAGAAACUUCUAGAAAGUGUUCCAGAUGCCCUGCAGAACCUGGUGGGGCAACAGAAUGCUCGCUUUGGUGUCAUCCGUGUCUUCAAUGCCCUUCAGGAGGUCAACGCCAAUCGACACCUCAUCUAUAUACUUAUGGAAAUGCUGCUAAGAGAGCUCUGUCCUGAGCUGUCUGAUGAAAUGGACCAGAUAUGACCAGAUUGGACCCAAUUCACUCUUCACUGAAAAAAAAAAAAAACACUUGUAGUUGUCACAGUUUAUCACUUGAGCUUCUCUAUCUAUUUUUCUCUGUCACUGAACACAACCCCUUAAAAAAAUGUAAUGCCUAUGCUAAAUGAAAAGCAAAACUAUUGUUAGGCUGCUAAUGAUGGCGGACAGGCUACGGUAGAUUGACUAAGGGCACGGUAAGGUUUCCUGCACAGGUGUGGACUUUGUUUUGUUUAGCGGACUGGCUCUGGGCCAGAUGCAUAGCGGCCCUCAUUUCCUCCACACUCUCCACACGCCCACAUCCAGUUUGGGAAGCCCGGUUUUUGAAUGGCUUCAAAUGUUUCACAGUGGGGAUCUGAAAAUGUGAAUUUUCUUGAGCUUUAAAAAGUAGGGUAUGUGCCCUUUUUUGUGUGUAAACUCAUUUCAGGAAGCAGACCCCUGCUAGCAUCUGUUUGUCAAAUUUAGCAUAUUGGUUUUUCUGCUUUUACAUUUUUUUUUUGUGCUGUUGUAUGUGUGCAAGGAUAACCUGUAAAAUUUGUUCUGUUUAUUGCUGUUUUAUUUUUAAAGGAAUUUGAGGAUGUUGCAUGAGACCUCCUUGGAAGAGUGCUAUUUAUUCUGUGUAGUUGUUUGCAAAAAGAAGGAUAAUAUUUGUUCAUUUACGUUUACAUUUUGGGAGAAAAAGAAGUGACUUACGAUUCUUUUCUGUUAUUCUUUUGUGUGUCUUAUGAUGCAUCACUGUGCAAUCGUUACUGUGAAAAAGUAAUGGGGUCGAUGGUAAUUUAGAGGCAGAUAUUUAUUUUUUACCAAAAACUAGCAUCCAGUAUUUGUAUUAAAUAAAUUCCAAAUGAAAUAUUA